AUGUGGGUCCGGCAGGUGCCCUGGCCUCUCACUUGGGCUGUGCUGCAGUUGAGCUGGCAAACAGGGUGGCUUCUAGAGGUCUCCAGCGGUUCCUGGAGGCCCCUCACCUUCUCCCCAGCCUGGCUCACAGUGUCCGAGGGAGCAAAUGCCACCUUCACCUGCAGUUUCUCCAACUGGACCGAGGACCUUAAGCUGAACUGGUACCGCCUGAGCCCCAGCAACCAGACUGAAAAACAGGCCGCCUUCUGCAACGGUUUCAGCCAGCCUGUCCGGGACAAGCGCUUCCAGAUCACACAGCUGCCCAACGGGCAUGACUUCCACAUGAACAUCCUCGCCACACGACGCAAUGACAGUGGCAUCUACCUCUGUGGGGCCAUCUCCCUGCCCCCCAAGCCACAAAUCAAGGAGAGCCCUGGAGCAGAGCUUGUGGUAACAGAGAGAAUCCUGGAGACCUCAACAAGAUACCCCAGCUCCUCAUCACCCAGGCCAGCAGGCCAGUUCCAAGGCUUGGUCAUUGGUAUUAUGAGCGUUCUAGUGGGUGUCCCUGUGCUGCUGCUGCUGACCUGGGUCCUAGCUGCUUUCUGCUCGACAGCUAAGUCUGAGGCCAGAAGAACUGGAAGAAAGGAACAGCCUCUGAAGGAGGACGCCUCAGCUGCACCUGUCUUCAGUGUGGCCUACGAGGAGCUGGACUUUCAGGGAAGACAGAAGACUCCAGAGCUCCCCACGCCCUGCGUACACACAGAGUAUGCCACCAUUGUCUUCACUGAAGGGCUGGGUGCCUCAUCCUUAGGACGUAGGGGCUCAGCUGAUGUCCCUCAAGGUCCCCGGCCUCCAAGGCAUGAGGAUGGACACUGCUCUUGGCCCCUUUGACCAGAUGCUUCCACCGUUAGCAUCCUGCAGACUCUCAACAGAGAGCACCGGUUCAUUCCUCCAUCAAGAGGAGCAUGCGGGUUAUCGUGCCACAAAGGCUCCCAGGGUCCGAGCAACCUGGAGUGACAACCCCACCACUUGUACCAGUUCCAACACAUGCGUUGUUGAGUGACAGUUCUCUUAAUGUCUGCCACGAGCUGGGAGCAGCAAGCAUCCCUGUCCCCUCGGGUCACAAAGCACAGAGCUGGCCUUAGCCUAGGUCUCCUGACUGCUGGGAACUGUGAAAGACUUGUGUCU